AUGCCCCACUUUUGUUUGCUGGUUGUUCCUGCUUCGUUCUGCGUGUUUGCCGCCGCUGGUACCUAUUUGGGGGCGGUCAAGGCCGGCAGAACUAGCCGCGCCUGCUAUGCUGGGCCAGUACAGGCGCCUACGACAGUGGACCUAGGCCGUUCGCGACAAAAGGGCAAAAACAUCACCAACCUCACAUCGACCGACGAAACAACAGCACGACUUCCCACGCCGCGCACCACCACGACACGACCUCGCAACGUGUAG